AUGGCUUCAAUCUCAAGAUCACUCAGGCCGCUUCUGCGUACAGCAACGGCUUCAUCGCGUACUCUGCGACCAGCAGCACGCGCCGCCCCGCAAAUACGAUGCCUCUCAAAGACGGCUGCACGAAGGGAAGCAGUCGACAUCUCAGACGUACCGCCGACACCCAUUACGCACCUCUCCGAGACUGAGAUGCUCAUGGGCGACUCUGUGUCCAAGUUUGCCAACGACGUGAUCUUACCAAAGGCACGAGAGAUGGACGAGGCAGAAUCGAUGGACCCAGCGGUAGUCGAGCAGCUCUUUGAGCAAGGUCUCAUGGGUAUUGAGAUACCAGAAGAGUACGGUGGCUCAGGCAUGAACUUCACAUCAGCCAUCAUUGCCAUCGAGGAGCUGGCGCGUGUGGACCCCAGUGUCAGCGUCCUGUGCGAUGUACACAACACACUUGUAAACACAGCCAUCCUCAAGUACGGCUCCGAGAAGCUCAAGAAGGAAUGGCUGCCAAAGCUGGCCACAAACACAGUCGGCUCGUUCUGUCUCUCAGAACCUGUCUCGGGAUCGGACGCCUUUGCGCUGGCAACCAAGGCUACAAAGACGGACAAUGGGUACAAGAUCAGCGGGAGCAAGAUGUGGAUAACGAACAGCGUGGAGGCAAACUUCUUCAUUGUGUUUGCAAACCUCGACCCGAGCAAGAAGUACAAGGGUAUCACGGCCUUCAUCGUAGAGAAGGGUACGCCCGGCUUCUCGAUUGCCAAGAAGGAGAAGAAGCUCGGUAUCAAGGCCAGCAGCACGUGUGUGAUCAACUUUGAUGACGUUGAGAUCCCCAAGGACAACUUGCUUGGCAAGGAGUUUGAGGGCUACAAGUAUGCUAUUGGGUUGCUGAACGAGGGCCGCAUUGGUAUUGCUGCGCAGAUGACUGGUCUGGCAUUGGGAGCGUGGGAGAACGCUGCUGGCUACGUAUGGAACGACCGCAAGCAAUUUGGUCAGCUCGUGGGAGAGUUCCAGGGCAUGCAGCACCAGCUCGCACAAGCAUGGACUGAGAUUCAAGCCGCCCGCGCGCUCGUCUACAACGCUGCGCGCAAGAAGGAAGCCGGCGAGGACUUUGUCAUGGACGCGGCAAUGGCCAAGCUCUACUCGUCACAAGUCGCUGGGCGAGUGUCAGGCUCAGCAGUGGAGUGGAUGGGUGGCAUGGGCUUCGUGCGCGAGGGUCUGGCAGAGAAGUACUUCAGGGACAGCAAGAUUGGCGCCAUUUACGAGGGCACCAGUAACAUCCAAUUGACGACGAUUGGAAAGCACCUGCAGAAGAAAUAUACCAAGUAGAGAAGAAAAAAAAGAAGAAAGUAGACUAGACGGAAAAAUGAAGCGAGAUGCAUUACCCCUCGA